AUGAGACGGGCUAAAUCCAAUAUCGAAUCCAGAUCCCAAUCGGCGCCCGUUGAACCCCCAUGUUUUUCCUCCAGCGAAUUCGAGCGGCACACUGAAUUGGAAUCCCCUGAUUUGUCUUCCAGCGUCGACUCCAGCUCCGAUCCCUCCAACCAAGCCAUUGGAUCCCCUGUUUUUCCCGGCGCUGGGAAUGAUUACACCGUGGAAGGGAAGAAGACGACGGCGAGGGGUAAAAAGUGGACAGCAACAACAGAUGAAUGGGAAUGUAAAUCUAGUUUCGAUUUCAAUACUCUUGAUCCGUUUUUGAUGAGUGAGGAUUGGAAAGUCAAUGUGUGCAUGGACAUAUUGAAUGGUUGGAGAGAUGAUAAGCUUACCUCAGAUGAAUAUGUUCUCUAG